ACUAAUUUAUUUUGUCGUACUUGUAUAUACGUUCCGGAUAUAUAGGAUAAUUCGAAAUCAUAACGAAAAUAACGGAAAGGCAGAUGGAGGCCUAUAUCUAUGAUAAGCGGCGUUACUCGAUAUGGAGCUUCGACCUGUACUACCACUCAUGCCCAGCCGCUAUCCGUAGCCCCUUCAUCAUGGUACCCAAACGACGAAUAGUCGUCCUAAUCUCUGGCUCUGGCACAAAUCUGCAAGCCCUCAUCGACGCUCAGAACACCCCGGCCCUUCCAAACGCCAAAAUUUCUCUCGUCUUAUCGAACAGAAAAGCAGCAUAUGGUCUUACCAGGGCAGCGCAAGCCAACCCACCCAUUCGGACCGCAUAUUUGGCUCUCCAACCAUUUCUCAAAACCAACCCAGGGAAGACACGGACCGACUACGACGUCGAAAUCGCGAAAAUCGUUUUGAAAGAACAGCCUGAUCUUGUCGUGCUAGCCGGGUGGAUGCACAUUCUCGGAGACGGUUUCUUGGACUUGGUGUAUACAGUCAAGAGGUCAAUUCCAGUCAUCAACCUCCAUCCAGCCCUUCCUGGAGAAUUUAAUGGCGCUAGUGCCAUCGAGAGGGCGUACGAGGCAUUCAAAAAGGGCGAGAUCACUCGCUCUGGGGCCAUGGUGCAUCGAGUUGUCAAGGACGUCGACCGAGGAGAGCCGCUUAUCGUCAGGGAGGUACCGUUUGUGCAGAAUGAGCCACUGGACGCGUACGAGGAGCGGCUGCACAAGAUCGAAUGGGAGAUCAUCGUGAUGGGCACUAAAAAGGUUCUAGAUGAAGUAGAGGCAAUUUAGAAUAAUAUCUAUACAAAAUGGCUCUUAAAAUUGUAUGAAAUGCGUCACAACACAAUUCCCACUGCCCCGGACAUACAGAUGAAAUGAAGGCGCGCGCAGAAUGAGGGGCAGAGAACGGACUAUCAUCUACUGCGAUCUACGAAAACGCUUUGGCGGUGAUUAGCUACAUAUGUGAACAGAUGUGUACGUACUACACACUUUACCUCUGGCGUUGAUCGACCAAGCAUUAGGGCACUAGCACUCUGUAUGGAGAUUCAUGCUCCUACCAGUCCCUCGCUGCCUAGUC